GAUUUUGAUCAUUGUGGCGCUAACGUGAAUAACGAGAAAAAGCGAGAAUCAAAUCGCGCACUCUUUUCCCCUUGAUGUUUCAUGGUAUUUUCGAGCUUAAAACUUAGUUAUUUGUUGUCAACAUAAAAAAAACACGUCAAUUUCAGCAAUAAACCCUCUGCAACACUAUUUAUUAACGUUUAGUUGAUCAUAACCUUUUAACGUGUGUUUAAUUUACCGAAAGAGUUGGUCAGCUGUUCGGCUUUUGGACUUUGGUAACUACGUCUGUAUGACGGUAAGGUGCAAACAUUUCUGGUCGAUGAUGUGAGACGUUUUUGAAAUAAAAACAGUAUUAUUUUAUUUUUUUGAAACGAAAGAACAUUGAUCAGAAUAUGCUUGAUCAUGAAAUGGUGGUUUAUAACCGAUAUUUGUUCACAUUCUGACAAACAACGCAGUAACCGAGACACCGUUUCCCAGUUAUCACGAGGAACAUCCGGUGUUAAACUUCAACGUUUCUGGGUUCAAAUUGUGGAAUUACAAGUGGUAAGUGCAAAUAAAAUGUUAUUUAAUCAUUUAUUGAUUAUGUUUAAUCAGUAUAACACAAUCUGUAAGCUUGAUAAUGCAAUUUGACAGUACUUUCACAUGGCAAUCAAAGUGAUUGACAAAACCCGGAAGUGAAUUCUGCGACACCUAUUGGAAAAUAUUUUUUGUUGUUAGCAACCGAUAAUGACCGCCAAGGUUAAAUGUUAAAUAAACUAUGAGUCAGUUCACGUUGUCACAGGCCUCGACGGUACCUUAUGAUAUAGAAUAUAUUCAAAAUGAUGAUCCAGAUUUUGCAAAUGAACUACUUAAACUUGACAAUCUUUAUUUCAAUGAACUUGUGCAGUCAUCUCAAAGUCAAAAUAUAAAAGAUUCAGAUGAAAGGUCAAUUUUAUCAUGUUUUAUAAAUAAUGAUGAUUCUGAUUGUGAAAUAAACAAUGAACAAGAGUCUGAUUGUGAACAUGAUGUUUUUGAAACUAGUUUCAACGAUGAUGUACUUACUCUGUCAAAUGAUUAUGAUGGUACUUCAAGACCUGAAGAUGUCAAGGAGAUUCAUAAUGUAAACAAACUGCGAGCAGAAACAUGUGGAUGUAAAGGAUUAUAUAAUGGGAAACCAUGCUCAUCAGUAGUUGAUUUUGAAAAACUGUUAGCUUACAGACAAAACUGCAUGGACCUUUCAAAUGAUGAAAGAGAACUUGUUAUUAAGAGUCUUUUGCUUGCCCAUAGAGUUACCACUGGCAACAUAUUGUCCAAUAAGAAAUCACAAAAGACCCGUGUGAAACCAUCGCAGAUGUAUUAUUUUAUGGGACACAAAAUCUGUAAAACCACAUUUAUUUUUGCACAUGCAACAUCUUACUGCAGUUUGCAAAGAAUGGCAAAAUCACUGGAUUCUGAGGGGAUAAAGCCCAGAAUUCAUGGGAAUAAGCACAAGGCCCCAGCUAACGCCCUUAGCUUUACAGACCGAAGCAGGUUGAAAACCUUUAUUGAAAAUUAUGCAACAGACAAUGCUUUGCCAUUGCCAGGUCGGCUCCCUCAUUGCCCAAAUCAGACUGUUCUUUUAUUGCCAUCUGAUGUUAACAUUUCUGAAAUUCAUGAAAUAUAUCAGGAAAGUGCUGUUGAGACUGGCUAUAGACAAGUGUGUCUUAAAACAUUUCGAAACAUUUGGAAUGAACUUUGCCCUCACAUAGCCUUGGCAAAGCCAACGACAGACCUUUGUUUUAAAUGCCAAAAAUUUGGUGUAAAAUUGGGAAAGUCGGGUCAGCUAAGUGAUGAAGAUAAAAAUGAACUUGUAAGUGAGUACGAGGCUCAUCUAAGCACAGCAAAAAAACAAAGAGAGCAGUACAAGGAGUUAACUGCUGCAAGCAAAGAUGUUCAUAGCAGUGAAAUUCUUUCACAAGGUGCUGAACCAUGUAGCCAAGAUGUGCACUACCACUACUCAUGGGACUUUGCCCAGCAAGUUCACUAUCCACAUCAUGCACAACAAGUUGGGCCGAUAUAUUUCGCCACCCCACGAAAGUGCCAAGUGUUUGGCAUGUGCGCCGAAGGUUCAGGAAAGCAGACAUUUUAUCUUGUGGACGAGGCCGAAUUGCCAGGGAAAGGAAGCGACAGUGUCGUGAGCAUGGCCCACCACUACUUUCAGCACUUUGGCGUUGGUGAAAAACAUGCUGAGGUUCAUUUUGAUAAUGCCGUUGGCCAAAACAAGAACCUAACUGUGCUUUGGUAUGCCAUGUGGCGUGUUAUGACAGGACUGCAUGAGAGUGUAACACUAAACACUAUGUUGGCUGGGCACACCAAAUUUGCUCCUGACUGUCACUUCGGCAUCUGGAAGGUCAAGUGGCGAUGCUGUAAUGCCGAGAAUCUUCAAGAAAUUGCCCACACAGUAUCCGCCUCUUCAAAGUCUGGCCACAACAUCCCACAGCUGGUUAAUGACCCUCAGCAGCCAGUGACAUUUCACAGUUGGAAAUCAUUCCUAAAUACGUAUUUCAAAACUCUAAAGAAUAUCACCAAAUACCACCAUUUCCAUGUAUCAAAACAGAAACCAGGAGUUGUAGUUUGCAAAGAGUUUGUAGAUUCAUCAGAAAGUGAAUUUAAUCUUUUGAGGAUGAAUCCAGAAUGUGGUAUUUUGCCUGAACUAAAGCACGCACCGUGCCUAGAUGCUGCACGUCAAUGGUACCUUCACGAUUCUAUAGGUCCAUUCUUUAGAUCUGAGUCAUCAAGAUCUGCAGUAUGCCCUAAACCAACUAUGGGGAAAGUCAAAGUUGAUAUUGGCAAAAAUGACACACCGAAAGGCAGUAAACGCAAACAUAGCCUUCUGUGUUAAUUUAAUGUGGACUGGUUAAAUGUAGUGCUGCAUAGAUAUGUUUGUCAAACCAGCCAGGAAGUAUACUUAUGUCAUAAAUGGCAUUUUAAGCAAGUGUAAUAAAUUGUAACAUGACAUCAUAAUAAUGAAUAGUGUUGAAAAUGUGAACUCUUUGUAGUAUCGAUGUGUUUAGGACUUUAAAUACUCACAUUAGUAGGUUUGAUAUGAAUAUGAGAGGAAAUGAAAAAUAACUUAUUGGGAUUGUUUACUUAGAUUGUUAUAGGCUUGCAAAGUCCCUUUAUAUUAGUUGGACAGAAAACACUUCUUUAAUCAACUUUGUAUUGAACAACUUGAGAAAUAUCCUCUACAUCUAAAGACUAGCGCAAUUAAGUUAUAUGUAUCUCUGCCAUUUGAAGCAGGAGAAAGAAUAUUUGCUUUUUUGUUGCAUUGCAUUGUGGAAGUGUUUUUUAUUACAAAAUCAUUGCAAACUACAACUCUGUUUUUUUGCAAAUGAAAGAGAAUGUGCAGAUUUUUCCUUAAUCACUUGCUAGGCCUUUAGCAUUAAUUACCGAAAUGUGACUUGACAAUUUAAGAAGAUGCAUUUUUUAGAAUUAAUACUUCAGUUGAAAAUGACAUCUCAAUGAAUUAAGUAUUGUCAUUUACUCAUUUGUUGAUGAAAUGUUGAUUGUAGAUCAAAUGUUUGUGGCAAAUGUGAAAAAAUGAUCAAAAAAUGGCAUUAUCACAUGUAACCAUAGCAACAGACUGUUGUUUCCAUAGUUCUUUUUGUCAUUUUGUACAUAAAUGAGCAAUGUGUACUCUUUGUCUCUAUGAAUUAGUUAAUGUGUUAGCUAUAACAUACAGUAAAGUUAGUAUUUCGACAUUGAUAGUGCAUUUAAAGUAAGAACAUUUUUAAUGGACAUUGUUUUCAAACUGUUUAUCAAUGUGUAACAGAAUGAUCCAUAUCUUUUGAUUUCUUUGUACAAAAAUGACUUAAACUUAAGGUUUUUAUAUCUUACACACUUGGUAUCAUUUAGAUGCCAAGAACUUAAAAGGCAUUGUAAAUUAGGAACACAUCUUUUUGUGGCAGACUUCAAAAAUGAUUGGAAUUAGCAUUUUCAUUAGUAACCAUAGCAACAGAUUUUUGCUUUGACCGUUGUGGCCAAUUUCUAUGUCAUUAUGGACAUUAGCAAUGUGUACUUGCUAUUUUAAUUUUGAAGUUUAUGUAACACUAGUAAAGAUAAGUUAAAAAUUUAAAUAUCUUGACAUGGAUAUUGUAUUCAAAAUUAGAACAGUUUUGUUCAAAUUGUUUUUUAGCGCUGUGUUUCAAAAUGUUUCAUAUGUUUUUUUGAACUUUUGUGAAAUUUAACUUGAAACUGCAGUUUUAAUUUCUGAAAAUACUUAGUAUCAUAAAGAAGUCAAUAACUAUAAAUAAUUUAACUAAGAUAUAAUUCUUUGUUAUGCAGACUUUCAAAAAUGAUUGGUAAUAGCAUUUUCAUAAGUAACCAUAGCAACUGAAUUUUGCUAUGACGUUUGUUGUAAGUUUCUUUAUCACUAUGGACAUUAGCGAUGUAUACUUGUUAUUUUCCUUUUGCAGUUUAUGUGAUUCAAGUAAAGAUACAUAGUUUUAUAUUUUAAUAUUUUGACUUUAAUACUUCAUUCAAAAUAAGAACAGAUUUAGCCAACAUUUAGUUCAAAUUGUGUUUAAUCCCUCUUUUACAAAAUGUUCUAUAUCCAUUGGUUUUUUUAAUAUUUGACUUGCAACUUCAGAUUUUAUUUCUGCAAUUGCUUGGUAUCAUAAAAAAGUCAAUUACUUAAAACACAACUUUAUGAAUAACAUUAUUUUUUGGUAAACAUGUAGAAAAUGAGUGAAAAUGGCUUUAUCAAUAGUUACCAUAGCAACCAAAUGCAGUUUUGAACUUUUUAUUAACUUUUGUAAUCAAACAAUGAGUGCUUAUUGUUUCUAUGCUAAAACUUAUAUGUUACAUGUAAAUAGUCCUUGACAUGAUAUUAAUGUGACAUGGAUAUUUCAUUCUAAAUAAACACAUUAGACCAUA